ACUGGUUCAGUACCACGCUCAAUGCCAUAUCAUCCUGCAGCUACCGCUGGACCUACUGUUUGGCCUAUAAAAUCAGAUCUUAUUGAUAAUGCACGUCGUGAAGCCGAAGAACGAGAUCGAGAGCGGGAGAUACGUGAACGAGAGCAGCGCGAGCGCGAUCGUCAAAGAAGGGAGCGUGAAGAGCGUGAGCGUAAAGAUAAAGAGGACAAACUAAAGCGUGAACAACAGGAGCGUGAAAGAGAACGCGAACGGGAACGUGAACGCAAAGAGCGCGAGCGACGUGAAAUAGAACGUCGAGAAGUUGAACGUGAACGUAUGCUACAGCAACAACGCAUUAAUGAAAGCAACAAACAAGCAAUAGUUGCUUCAUCUUCAUCCACACCUCGAGAUCGGUCACCUCACCGAAUUAUUGGUGACCUGAAUACAGAAAUACGAAUUAAAGAAGAGCAUUCCCGAUCGAAAGAGGAGCAAGACGCCCUGCUUAUGCGUGCAUCAGCAGCUGCGAACGUCGGAGAUCCACGAUAUCAUCCUUCAUCGUUGGUGUCUGUUCAACCAAAUGCAGCAGUGACUGCAGCACAUCACCAUGCCAACUUCUUAGUAGCGGGUCGACAUGGAUUACCACCACCAACAUCACAUAUUUCCCGUAAUAUGAUACCACCUUCAAUGGGUAUCAGUGGACCACUUACACAUUUUGGUCCACCUGGACCGACCCCGUGGGGUAUUGAUCCAUAUCGGGAUCCCUAUGCACCUAUUCUGCGAUACAAUCCCAUAAUGGAAGCAGCUUUUCGCCAUGAAGCAGAAGAGCGUCAGAAAGCCCUAAGUAUGUACGCAGCCCAAUCGGCAGCUCAUCUGCGAGGUAAGGAGCCGAGCCCCAUACCGCCACCGUCGGUAGGUCAUUUAGGUCCUUCUGCUACACAUCUUCGAAUGCAGCCAGCGGGUGUAAAUGUUAUUGCUUCAUCAAGUGUCCCACCGUCUUCGCAAAAUCCUCAAACACAAUUGACUACAAUUGGAAUUGGAAAAGGGACGCAACCAUCUACUUUAAAUUUAUCAGUACAACAUAUGAUAAGCGAUCCUUUAAUACAUUCAUCCACUACAUCCAAAAAAGAUACUGAGAAUAGUAUGGGUAUAGCGGUCAGUUCGUCUGGUACAAAUGUAAGCCACAGUAAUGUACCAGGAAACCUGAUAGGUAUACCACCCGCGUCACCAGUAAUGCCAAGUCGAUGAUAACCUAGAAAAUUAUAAAAGUAAUUUCAAAUACCCAAUUUUAAUAAUAGUUUGUAUUUAUUUGCCGUACCUCUUUCACCCCUAGCCUGAGAAUAUGAAGAUAAUGAGCGCAACGGUUUUGUAAUAUGAAAAGUGAAAUUGAAUAUUUAUUAACUUAAUUUUAUUGUUACGGAUACAACUUGUUCAAUAAAACAAGUUACAAAUUUUAUCUACUACACAGCAAGAGGUAUAAGAGGAAGGUACAUUUCUUCUUCUCUUUAUUUUCUAACUACGAGCCCUUUUCGUUAUCGCAACAAGUUGCUUCCCAUUAACGUCUACCCAUAACAACAAAUUGCACAUACGUACUCGCAUAUAAAAAAAAUAUUUUAGGCUUAUAUUAGUUUAAAUUUGAUUUUAAAAUUUGCAUAUGUUGCUUAAUAUAUUUGUAAUAUUUGUAUUAURUGAAAUUAAAGUUACUCAUUAACUUGACAUCAAUAUACUCAAAUGUACAUAUACACAGAUGCAAACGCACUAGUUAUUAGUACUAUAAAUUAUGAUAGUAAUUAAUUAAUUAACUAGCUGUAAACUAUAAUAUAUCAUUUGGCGGCAUCAGAGUAUACCCAUCCAAUCGUGCGCUUUCUCUUUCCAGAUGAAAUUUCAUGCAUGCCGGUAAUGUA